AUGUUUUUGGCUUCUCGAUUUCGCCAAGCGUAUCGCUAUCGCUUUUACUGCACAAUCGCAUCAACUGCGAAUUCAUCUGAGGCUGGCACUGGCCAGAGUACAUGGCCUGGUCCCUUUUCUCCUUCCUCGAGGGUGGAAUCCAGGCCGGUUCUCGCCCGUCUCAAGGCCGAGGAGAAUCCAGAGCGGAUACUCGAGAUUUGCCGCUCCGCUUCGCUCAACCCUGAGGCUUCUAUUGAUCGCAUUUGUUUCUCCAUUACCGUUUCCAAGCUCACGGCAGCCAAACAGUUCGAGAGUAUUCGUCAAUUGCUUGAGGAAUUGAAGACCCGGCCGGACUUUAAUGAGAACGACGGUUUCGCGUGCCACGUUAUAAUAUGGUAUGGUCAAGCCAACAUGCUUGAAGAUGCCAUUCUCACUUUCAAGCAACUUGAUCAGUUGGGUAUUACUCGUUCCGUUAAAUCGUUGUAUGCUUUGCUUGUUGCUUGUCAAAUGGCUAAGAAUUACGAGGAGUUGUGUCGAAUUUUCUGUGAAUUCCCAAAAACAUAUGGAAUAGAACCCAACCUUGAAACGUAUAAUAUGGGAAUCAAGGCGUUUUGCAUUGCGGGUAAGUCUAGUUCUGCAUAUUCGAUACUAACUGAGAUGGAUAGAAAAGGCGUAAAGCCUGAUGAGGCUACUUUUGGGAAUUUGCUUGCUGGAUUUUACAAUGAAGAAAAAUUGGAAGAUGUAGGGAAGGUGUUGCAACUGAUGGUUCAGUAUGGCAUUAAACCAGGUCUUACCACCUACAACAUUAGGAUUCAGAGCUUAUGUAAAAUGAAGAAGUCAUCGGAAGCGAAGGCGUUGCUCGGUGGCAUGAUGUCCAGGGGUGUGCAGCCAAAUACAGCUACUUACUGCCAUUUGAUUCAUGGGUUCUGUAAAGAAGGGAGGUUUAAUAAAGCAAUAAAAUUGUUCGGUGACAUGCGAACAAAAGGCAUGAAACCCACUGCUACCUGUCACUUUACUCUGAUUAGCUUCCUGUGCGAAGGUGAGCAUUUUGUGAAAGCGUUUUGGGCUACCAAGAGAUGUAUUAAGCAUGGUUGGAUUCCACCUUACUCAGUAAUGACAAGACUUGCGAAUGGUUUAAUAAGCAUUUCCAAGUUUGAUGAUGCUAAGUUUCUUAUCAAGCAUAUCAAGCAGAAGUUCAAGAUAAACAAUGCACAAUGGGAUGAAAUUGAAGCUAAGUUGCCUUCGUAG